AUGCGACAAGCAUUAUCACCAGACCCGGUCGUGUUUAACGACAGUCACCAAGCAUGGGCGAACAGUGAGGGAACGACCCUUCUGGAAACGCUUAAGACUCUGUCACAGGCUGUCCAAGAUCUCCAGAAAAGGGCCGAUACCCAAAGGAAGGAUAUCCGAGAUACAAAUAAGCUCAAGGACACACAGAAAGACCUCGAGGACACACAGAAGCCAUAG